CGUGCGCGCAACACACGCGGCUUGGCGGUGAAACGCGACGUACGCCGCCAUAACUAAACUUCAAAUUUCAAAAAUCGAACCCUUAUUUACGUGCCAGUGUUGCCAGUGGAGAAAAUGAAGUUCAUUGUAAUUUUUGCACUCGUGGUAUGUGUUCACGCAACCAGCGUAGACGACACGGACAAAGGCAAACGACAAACCGAGGAGGAAUUAGUGCCGACACAUUACGUUUACAGAUCUCCAAGGAAACAGGAACAAGCUGCACCCGUUGAAGAACCACAACAAGAAGAUGACAAAGCUCCCGUUAGUCGAUCAGAUGGCGAAGAAUACCGGCCAGGGCAAGUGUUCUCUCUAAAUCCUCAAGAGCUGUUAGAGCUUCAGCCAGAGAGAAAAGCGCCUCUCAGUAGCAACCAGUUGUUGCAGCAACUGUAUAGCAACCCUCAAGCGGAACAUAAGCAAGGUCUACAGCAGUUUUACUACUUAGAACCUCAGGGCCAGGUUGGACGACAGGUUGCUCUCCAACCAUCACAUGCAGUCAUUGCCCGUCCAAACUACUCUUCUAACGGUGGAGAAGCUUCUGUAGGAGCUGCUCUUUCAGUGAGCGAUACUGGUGCGGCCUCCGCUGAAUCUUUUGAUCAAGAACUUCUUGCUUUACUCGGUCAAGCACCAGUAAGACCAGAAGAGCCUCGCAAACAGGCAUACAUCCAAUCUACUCAAACGCAGCAAGCUUCGACGGUGCAGAGUGUAGCGCCUCAAUAUCAGCAGGUCGACCGUUACGUAACCAAGCCAAGUAAGAAGCCUUCGAAGCUACGUUCCAAAGUUCAAAUUGCUCCUCCUCAAAUCCCUGCUGCGCCUCAACAAUACUUGAUUGAGACCACAAAUAUCAACCAGCAACAGCCUCAACAAUUCCGCCCCGCUCCGCAACCGCAACAGCAGAGAGUCCCUCAAGUGCUGCGUUAUGUUCCGUUCCAACAAGCAAUUCAACAACAAUCGAUUCAGCAACAGUCAGUCCAACAACCUUUAUACGAACAUCCUGAAUCUCAAGGAUUGAAAGUAGUCGCUGCCCCUAAACUGCAACAAUUACAGCAGCCAAAAGGUCAACUGAACUACAGGCUUAUCCCUCAAUAUCAGCCUGAAGCUGUUCCGAAGCAAUACAGAAUUAUAGAAGCCGCAAGGCCUCAAUUCGCUCGUCAAGAACAACGUCUUCAGUCUCCUAGUGUUGAAAGACCAGUGACAUAUUUAAAACGUUACCCUGAACCUGAAAAGUUACGAUCUGUUAAAAUCUACGAUCCUGUUUUUCAAGAAUCCUUGCAACAGCAGCAGCAGCCCGCUCAGAUUUUAGGAGAGCAAUAUCUGCUGCGCCCUGUGUACAGAACAAAUGAUCAGCGUCCACGAUACGAAUUGCCUCCGCUUGCUCUGAAGCCUGAACAGCAACGCGUUGUUGAGCAAGGAAAGCCGCAGUCAUCUAUUUACGUCAGCAAGAACUUAGCACCAAGGAAAUUGGCCAGGCCACAGCCCUUGACUUUAAAAGAACAAAAUUUGAAAAUCGAACAGCCUGCGCAACAACAAGAACAGGUAAUUAAACACGAGCAGCCAUCGAACGUCGAGCAAGUGAACAUUGAACAACAUGGCCAAAGCUUGGAAGAGCAGAGAUCUCACUUACCACCGCCGAAAAAUAACAAAGCGUACACUCCUGAAGAAUUUGCAGCAUUAGUAGCGGCUGGAUACGCAGUCACGCCGAUACCAGUUAGUGCGUUGAACCUUGACGUCGCGCAAUCAAGAUCUGCAGUGGAGCAAGUAACAUUGCAGCCAGUGACAGCACAACCCAAACGUCGCCCUAUCAGCAGACACCAGUAUCUCCCCUUAAGAGGAGAUGACGCGCCCUAAACACACCGACCAUUUUGUACAUAGUAUUAGAAAUAAUCUCAUAAAAUAAGAUAGCUAUAUUUUGUAAA